UCUCGCUGUCUCUCUCUCUCUCUCUCUCUCUCUCUCUACACAUCCAUUAGAGGCGCCCAAAAGAGGCUCCUUUGAGGCUACUUCGCAUAAUUGAAGCUGCUUGGAUCACAAAAGAGGCGGCUUUUUCUCUUUUGGGAUCUCCCUCCGCCCAAAUGGCACAACCUGUUUCGAGUAAAGGGGGAGGUAGCCAUGGACCUAAUAACACUCCAGGAAGAUCAAGGAUGAGAGGCGGUGGUCGAGGCGACGAAUCACCCGAGAUGGGGUCGACCGUGCCCAAGUUUGGGGAGUGGGAUGAGAAAGAUCCUUCAUCGGCUGAUAAUUUCACCGGCAUAUUCAAUAAAGUGAGGGAGGAGAAACAGGGUGGAUCUGCAAAAGCUUCAAUCAUUAAUGACGACGCAAGAUACCUCUAUGGCUCCAAUCAUGACAACAGAAAAGAAUCGUCGAGAUGUUCAUGCUUCCCUUGGUUCAAGAAGUGAUGUGCUGCUGACGAAGAGAGUAUGAAGCUUUGGACUAUGGACAUUUCCUAUAGUAAUUUUUUUUUCCACUUUUUGAGAACACUUUAAGGAUGAUUGUUUAUGGGAUGGAUGUAUUUUGCUGUUGCAUUUCGCUACUAAUGUAUCCAAUUAUUUGCUUCUUGUGAUGGUGAUUCUUAUAGCUACAUGCAAAAUUACUUUCACUUCA